CUUCUUCCAGUCUCUUUCCCUCCACCCCGUCAAUCACCCCCCAAUCCAAUCCACACCACCAUGGGUAAAAUAAAGAAGAAGGGCCAAUCCGGUCAGGCCAAAAACUACAUUACUAGGACGCAGGCAGUGCGCAAGCUUCAGAUCUCCCUGCCUGAUUUCCGUCGACUAUGUAUCUUCAAAGGAAUUUAUCCCCGUGAGCCUCGGAGCAAGAAGAAGGCCUCGAAAACUUCGACCCCCAACACCACAUUCUACUACACCAAGGACAUCCAGUAUCUUCUCCACGAACCUCUGCUUCGGAAAUUCCGUGACCAAAAGGCCGUUGCCAAAAAGAUUGCCCGCUCGCUUGGGCGCGGAGAAGUCGGCGACGCAUCUCGUUUGGAGAAGAACCAUGCGCCGAAACUGAGCCUGGACCAUGUGAUCAAGGAGCGCUAUCCGACUUUCAUUGAUGCCCUGAGAGACCUGGACGAUGCCCUGUCGCUUCUGCACCUGUUCGCGAACCUGCCGUCGACCACGCAUGUUCCCCCCAAGACCAUUGCGCUUUGCCAGCGCCUAUGCCACGAGUUCCAGCAUUUCCUGAUCACCACCAACUCGCUGCGGAAAUCCUUCCUUUCUAUCAAGGGAAUCUAUUACCAGGCGACUAUCCAGGGCCAGGACAUCAUGUGGUUGGUGCCUUACCGAUUCGUGCAGCGUGUUAACGGAGAUGUCGAUUACCGAAUCAUGGCUACCUUCGUCGACUUCUACACUACUCUGCUGGGAUUUGUGAACUUCCGUCUUUACUCCACCAUUGGUCUCAGAUACCCGCCUAAGUUCGACACCCGAAGCGACGAGAAUGGUGCCGAAUUGGCCGCCUUCACCCUCGAGGGCCAGGCGGUUGGCAACACUCCUAAGGCCAUUGAGGCGAGUAACAAGCCGAAGAGCAACGCCGAUAACAAGGAGGUUUCUCGCGAAGUGCAGGCGAAGGUUGACAAGGUGAUUAAGAAGGGUAAAUUGGACCAGGCGAAGAAUGACCAGACCGUCGACACAACGGAGGAAUCCACCGAUGCGAUCGACAAAUUUGAGCCCACCGCUCCCGAGGCCGAUACCCUGCCGCAGCCCGAUCUGAGUGUGGACGGUGCCGGCUCCUUGUUUGCGCCCUACACCUUCUACAUCUCCCGAGAGGCCCCUAAGGCUCCCUUGGAGUUCAUUCUCCGCGCUUUCGGAUGUACGCGAAUUGGUUGGGAUACUGUCUUGGGUGAUGGAGCUUUUACGCAUAACGAGGCGGACACCCGGAUUACCCACCAAAUCGUGGACCGACCUGCUUUGCCCGAGGGAGCUCUUCCCACUGUCCCUGCUGCGUCGCAGGACGGCGCGGGUGCGGGACAGAAGGUCAAGCCUGGUACCCGGAUUCCGGGUCGCACCUACGUUCAGCCUCAGUGGGUCUGGGACUGCAUCAACGAAGGAAAGCUUCUCCGGCCCGAUCUCUAUGCUCCGGGUGCUACUCUGCCCCCUCACUUGAGCCCCUGGGUCAAGCCUUCCAGAGGUGGCUACGAUCCUCGCGCCAGCUUGGCUGAGCAAGAGGAAGAGGGCGAGGCUGAGAUGGCCUCUGAGGAGGACAGUGACGAGGAGAUGGAAGAGGCGACCGACGACAAGAAGGCGGACACCAAGGACGAAGAGUCCGAGGUUGAGGGUGAAGAUGAUGAUGAAUCCGUCAACGGUGGUAUGGAUGUUGCUGGCACCGACGACGACGAGAGUGAGAGCGAGGCCGAGGAGGACGAGGACUUUGGCGGCUUCGAUGAUAACGACGCAGUCUCUGAAUCGGAAGACGAUGAGGAAUCCGCUCGGACACAGCACCAGAAGGAACUCGAGGCCGAGGCUGCUGGUCUUCCUUUCUCGUCCAACGGUGCCACUGACGAGUCGGGCAAGAAGAAGUCCAAGUUGGCCAAGAAGAAUGCCUCCAAGAAGCGCAAGGAAGAGGAGGAACUGGAGCGACAGAAGAUGAUGAUGAGCCGGAAGAAGCGGAAGUUGCUCGAGAAGAUGAUGUACUCGAACAAGAAGCAGUCGGAUGAAUCCGCGAAGCUGCGAUCGAAGCGGAGAAAGCUUGAGAAGGGCGAGCAGAAAUAAACAGGAAGAAAAAAGUUGACUGACAAAAUUUGAUAUCCUUUUUGGAUUUGAUACCGUUUAUAAUUGGCGUCUUGAAUAUUUAUACUGUCCAUGGCAUUGAACCGUUCCACAUAGAAUGUAGUCUAG